GGGACUGGACACUACGCAUGCGCAGUGAAAGCGCCUGCCCUAGUCGGACAUACUCCUCCCACUUUCUUGUCGAGAGUGAGCGGUGCUCCCUGAGGCGCUACGCAUGCGCGGUUCAAAGCGUCCCUAGUUUGUCCGCCUGGCCUCGCCGUAGUUGGGCUCCUCCCACUUUUGCCCUCGGUGUGUCUCUCUCUGCAGAGCGGUGAGGUAGCGGUGCGUGGCCCAUUCGGCGUGGGAAGAGGAAGGAAGGAAGGAAGGAAGGAAGGAAGGAGCAGCGGGUCCGCGCGGGUUCCUCAAUCGCCUCAGCCCGCGGGCCUCCUCUUUUUCCCCCCUCAGCCAUGUUGGCCGCCGCCGGGCUCCUCCGCCGCUGCGUCUCCGCGCCCGCCCUCCGCGCCCUCCUGCCUCGGGCCUCCGCCGCAGCAGUAUUGCCCGCCCGUUGCUAUUCUCAUGGGUCGCAUGAGUCAGAUGAAGAGUUUGAUGCUCGCUGGGUGACAUACUUCAACAAACCAGAUAUUGAUGCCUGGGAGCUAAGGAAAGGUAUGAACACGUUGGUUGGUUAUGACUUGGUUCCAGAACCAAAAAUAAUCGAUGCUGCUUUGAGGGCAUGCAGACGACUAAAUGACUUUGCCAGCGCAGUCCGCAUCUUAGAAGUUGUAAAGGUCAGUAAAAGAGUGCUGAAUGCAAAGCACCAACAAUUAAAUGAAAAUAUUAUGUGA